AUGAUCCUCGAUAAAGGUCCAACUAAAGAUUGGUGGAUGGAGGUGAAGUACCAACGGCUUUCCGAUAGUAUUUCCCCCACCAAAACCAAAUUCCAAACCCAGGAAGCUGCCCUCAUAUAUCUACAACAUAAAAGAAGGACUAUCCAAUGUCACGGCUGCAAAUACUUUGUUGAUGAAUUAAUAACAGGGAUGAUUUUUGAACAAGACAGUUCAAGAAAUACGUAUUGCCAAGACUGUAUUGAAAAGGGAAGACUGAACUUACCAGUAUGCGCUCAAU